UGAAGCGGAAGCCAUUACUCUCAAGAGGCGACUGCAGCUAUACACAUGGGCGGAGUGUGUUUCCACAGCCGCUUCCUCCCGGUUGUUGGGGACCCUCGGCAUCCCCGCGGAGGACUGAACCUCCUGUGUGAACUUCUCGUCCCUUCGACGGCAGUUUCCGUGACCUCCGGCCCCCCGGUUGCCCCUUCAGCCGUAUGCCUCCUCAAAGAGUCCCGUGAUAGCAGGGGAGUAGCUUCCUGGUGCCAGUGCCCUGUUGUUGAGGGAAACUUCCCAGCAUUCUCACAGGAUGGCAGCUCUUGCCCUGACUCCCACCUGUGCUGUGCCCACUCAGGACCCUGCCUAUAUCCAGGAGUUGGAAAUUCCUCUUUCUUCAAAAGACCAUUCCAGUCCUCAGGAUGUGGACGUGUUUGCCUGCAGUGGCCUGGAGCCUCACGCUUCAGCCAGUGUUGGUUCCCAGGAAUCAUUGACUUUCCAGGAUGUUGCCGUGGACUUCACUGAGAAGGAGUGGCCCUUGCUGGAUUCUUCUCAGAGGAAACUGUACAAAGAUGUGAUGUUGGAGAACUAUAGCAACCUCACCUCAGUAGGAUAUCAGGUGGGCAAACCCCGCCUCAUCUCCCACUUGGAGCAAGAAGAGGAGCUGAGGAUGGAGGAGAAGGGACCUCCCUGGGACACUUCUCUUGAUUGGGAGACUCCAUCUAAAAGCAAAUGGUCAGUCCUCAUGGAAGAUAUUUUUGGGAAGGAAACAUCCAGUGGUAUGACAAUGGAAAGAACUAAUCUUGGAGAGAACCCCACUGAGUAUGCACAUCUGUUUGAAGUCUUCAGCCUGGGCACUCAUCUUACCCAGCAGAUGGGAAGACUCCCUGCCAAGAGGUCCUGUCACCGCCAGGACUAUGGUGUAACUUUCAAGAACAGGUCACAUAUAACCCAACGCAUAAGCAUUUACAAUGGGAGAAAAAUGCACGAAUGUCAUCAGUGCCAAAAAGCCUUUACCACAAGUGCUUCCCUUACACGGCACAGGAGGAUACACACUGGGGAGAAACCCUAUGAGUGCAGUGCCUGUGGGAAAGCCUUCAAUGACCCCUCAGCUCUCAGGAGUCAUGCACGGACUCACCUCACAGAGAAGCCCUUUGAUUGCAGCCAGUGUGGAAAUGCAUUCCGAACCCUCUCCUCCCUGAAGAUACACAUGAGGGUCCACACUGGGGAGAGACCUUAUAAGUGUGAUGAGUGUGGGAAGGCCUAUGGUAGAAGCUGCCACCUCAUUGCACACAAACGCACACAUACCGGAGAGAGACCUUAUGAGUGUCAUGACUGUGGGAAAGCCUUUCAACAUCCUUCACACCUCAAAGAGCACGUCAGAAAUCACACUGGAGAGAAGCCCUAUGAAUGCUCUCAGUGUGGAAAAGCCUUCCGUUGGAAGUCAAACUUUAAUUUGCACAAGAAGAACCACAUGGUAGAGAAAACAUAUGAAUGUAAGGAAUGCGGGAAAUCCUUUGGCGAUCUCUUAUCACGGAGAAAGCACAUGCGAAUUCAUAUCAUAAAGAAACCUGUUGAAUGUAGGCAGUGCGGGAAAGCCUUCAGAAACCAGUCCAUCCUUAAGACACACAUGAAUUCUCACACUGGAGAGAAACCAUAUGGAUGUGACCUCUGCGGGAAAGCCUUCAGUGCAAGCUCAAACCUGACUGCACACAGGAAAAUACACACCCAAGAGAGACGAUAUGAGUGUACUGCCUGUGGGAAGGUCUUUGGUGAUUACUUAUCCCGAAGGCGGCAUAUGAGCAUUCAUCUUGUAAAGAAACGUGUUGAGUGUAGACAGUGUGGAAAAGCCUUCAGGAACCAGUCGACCCUUAAGACACACAUGCGAAGCCACACAGGAGAGAAGCCUUACGAGUGUGAUCAUUGUGGGAAAGCCUUCAGCAUAGGCUCAAAUCUUAAUGUGCACAGGAGGAUUCACACUGGGGAGAAACCCUAUGAGUGCCUGGCCUGUGGGAAAGCCUUUAGUGACCACUCAUCCUUGCGGAGUCAUGUCAAAACCCACCGAGGAGAGAAGCUCUAUGUGUCGUCCAUGUGGAAGAGGCUCCAUUGACAGAGCUAUCUUAGGCACAAGAGCUCAAACUGGAAGGAAGCCUCAUGGCAGGCACUAGCCCCUGGUGACCUCAUUCGGCACAAAAGAAUCCGUGUAACUUAGGAGAAAUCGAAUUUGUGUGAUAAUUUGGAAAGACUUGGGGUUAUUUCUCUCAUAACUUUGGAGAUUGGUGAGAACUCACUCUGGGUAAGAAAAUGUGUAUCUAGUGUGGAGAAGCCAUCAGUGGGUAUUCAGCUCUUAAAAAAACAGGACAGCUUAGGGAAAGAAACCCUAUCUUAGUAUUUAAUGUUGAAGUGACUAGCAUCACCUUGCACCUUCUGGGCACAUGUGUAAGCACUGUACAGAGACUAAUGUGUAAAUUUACUGAUUGGCAAGGCUCUCCUGAUCUCACACUGUAUUCCUCAUGAGAGAAACAUUCAAGAGAAAAAUCUGUAGUAGGAAUGUGGGAAAGUCUACAGUAGGGUCAGUAAACUGGGUCAGUAAACUAUGGCUAGCUGUCUCUUUGUGCUUUAAAAAUAGUUAACUUAUUAAAAGAAUAAUAAAAAAACAUGUGACAGGUAGCAUAUAUGGCCCACAAAGCCUAAAAUAGUGCUAUCUGGCCCUUUACAGAAAAACCUGGCCAACCUUUGGUCCAGGAACAUCUCUCAACUGGGAGUGAUUUUGUUCCCCAGGGGACAUUUUGGCAAUGUCUGGAGACAUUUUUAUUACAACUGGGAGGAGGUGCUACUGGCAUAUAGUUGGAAGACAUCACGGAUGUUGCUAAAUAACCCUAUAAUGCAGAGGAGCCCCCGCAAAAGCAAAGAAUUAUAUGCCCCAAAAUGUCAUUAUUGCUGAGGUCAAGAAACCUUGGCUAAUACCAGGCCCUCAAUUUUUGUGAAACAUGAGUACUUGGAGAAAUUCCUAUUUAAAACUUAAAAAAAUGCAGUGUAAUUCUUUCAGGACCCAUGUGCGGACUCAUGUGGAUGUAAGUUCAGCACAGCCCCUUCAUGCAUUGAGUUAAGAGGAUUCACAUCCCAAUGGGAUUUUCCAGUGACAAUGGGAUUGUGUUUGUCUUUUCAUCAUGAAAACGGACCUCGCUAAUUUUUGGUCUUUAAGGUUAUGCUCUAAAUAGCCAUUACAUCUCACAAAAGGUUAUUUUUGUUAAUAAUUAUUGGUAUGUGUUCACUUCGGGUAACUUACUUGAGCAGUGGACUAUUUAGACUUGUCUUCUGUACCAUGUAAUGGUUAUUUUUAGUACUGUUACCAGUACCUAAUUCAAAUGCAUUAUGAUCAAAGCAUGGUGUCAUGUCAGCUGGAUCCUUUGGAGUGUUUCUGUCUCCUGCUCAGUCAGAAGUGGCAUGUACUUCUAUUGCUUCUCCAGUAUCUCAUCAUCUUCCAUA